CUACCAAAUAUAGUCCAUAUUUCCAAAAAAUUACUUCUCACUUUCUUCCUUAAAAGAGCAAAGACAUGAAAUUCUCACUUGGUGUCUACAAGUACUAUAUGUUGGUAUUACUUAUGUUAGUGUUGCUUACUGCUGUAGUUACUACUCAUUCCAAACCAAAACAUUAUAUGUCAGCUAAAUUACAUAAAAGGACAGCCGUCAAUGAGGAUCAAAGUUACUCCAACCGAAAGGGGCUCGGCAAAGAAGAGUUGGGGAGAGAAGUAUACCCAAUGGGGUCAAGUUUGCCAGAUUGCUCACAUGCUUGUGGAGUUUGUUCCCCAUGCAAGAGGGUAAUGGUUAGCUUCAGAUGUGCUUCUGAGUCUUGCCCUAUUGUUUACAGAUGCAUGUGCAACGGCAAAUUUUUCCAUGUUCCUUCUAACUAAUUCAUCUACUCCAUUGCUUCUUUCUUCUCUCUACUGUUUUAAUGCUUUCAUUUAACUAUGCUUGUCAGAAAGUUUCCCCCAAAAAAAAAAAAAAAAAAAAAAACUUGAAAAAUAUGAGCUUUAUUAUAGUUAUUUUGAUGUAAGAUUAUUAUAGUUUUGUGUUUAAUGAUGCUUUUACUAGGGUUGUACUCAUGUUUUUUGUUCAUCAACUGAAUUAUUCCUGUUUUUAUUGACA